GUCAGGGGGACUACGGUCGUUGGCGUGCCAACGCGUCCGCCGUUCGGCGCCGCCGACUAAUGGGAACGGCAAUCUGGACGACGACGAGGACGACUCGGCAAACGUGCGCUGAAUCCCGGCCGGCCUGCGAAUGGAUCGCGACAGGACGAGACCGCACGUCCUCUGGACCAAGAUGGCGGUGGCGUCCGGCGGUGGUGGCGGCGGAGGGGGCGCUUCCGACUCGAGCGACUCGGCCGGCGGCGCCAACAACAACAAGGAGACGACGUGGGAGUACGUCGAGACCAAGACUCCGGUGCACACGGUCACCACCAUGGACUGUUGCACGUCCUGCUACUACUUCUGCUGGUACCGGCACGUGCACCGCAACGACAUCGACUCGCUCUACCAGCGGUACUUCCUGCACCUGAACCGGCGCAGCCUCACCGCGCUUCUGGGCGUCAUGGCGGCGCUGUGCGCCCUCGGGGCGCUUCUGGAUCUGGCGCUGUCUCAGCGACCAGCGCAGCCGCCGCCCGCGGCCCGCGCCGCGGCCUUCGGCGCGCUUCUGGUGUUCUACCUGGCGCUGGUGUACACUACGCUGCAGACCUCGUUCCGCCAGGUGCACCUGCUCGUGUGCAGCUACCUGGUGCUCGGCUCGUUCGUAGUGCUCGUGUCGCUCGUGUCUCUGCUCGACCCCGGCGCUGCCGAGCGCGCCAUCGUGUCAGACCUGUGGUGCGCGCUCUUCCUCGUGUACGUCUCGUACGCACUGGUGCCGGUGCGCAUGCGCGACAGCGUCGUCGCUGGAGUCCUGUUGGCCGGCAGCUACCUGGCCUGCAACCUAGCGCUGCACUCGGACACCCUGCACUGGAAGAGGGUGACGUGCAACGUGAUACUGCUGGUGGCGGUGAACACCAUCGGCAUGUUCUCGCACUACCCGAGCAAGGCGGCCCAGAAGCAAGCCUUCCUCGAGACGAGGCAGUGCAUCGAGUCGAGGCUGAGCAUACAGCGUGAAAAUCAAAAGCAGGAGCAACUGUUGCUCUCCGUACUCCCACGUCACGUGGCCAUGGAGAUGAAGGCGGACAUCGCGAAGAAACCGCAGGACUCCAUGUUCCACAAGAUCUACAUACACCGGCACGAGAACGUUAGCAUCCUGUUUGCCGACAUCUGCGGCUUCACGAGCCUGGCGUCUCAGUGCACGGCCGAGGAAGUGGUUCGCAUGCUGAACGAGCUGUUCGCGCGCUUCGACAAGCUUGCGGCCGAGAAUCACUGCCUGCGCAUCAAGAUUCUCGGCGACUGCUACUACUGCGUCUCGGGACUGCCGGACCCGCGGCCUGACCACGCCCAGUGCUGCGUCGAGAUGGGACUCGACAUGAUCGAGGCCAUCGCACUCGUGCGGGACGUGACGGGCGUCAACGUCAACAUGCGAGUCGGCAUCCACACGGGCCGGGUCCACUGCGGUGUGCUCGGACUCAAAAAGUGGCAAUUCGACGUCUGGUCUAACGACGUCACGCUAGCAAACUACAUGGAAGCAGGUGGAAUUCCAGGGAGCGUGCACAUCACCAAGGAGACGCUACAGUUCCUGGGCGAUGACUACGAGGUGGUGCCGGGCGAAGGCGGCCAGCGGCACCCGUACCUGCGCGACCACAACAUCGAGACGUACAUCAUCAUCCCCAACGACAAGAAGCGCAUGGCGCCGCCCGAGAACAACGCGUCGGCGGCACUGCACGGGGUGGCCAAGGAGAUACGCAUCAUGGGCCACGCGAACGCCAGGCGACAUCUCAACAUGGGGACCAAGGGCUACGUGGUCGGCGAAAAGAAGAACUCGCAGGACGAAGUGAACGACUACCUGUCGCACGCAAUCGACGCCCACAGCAUCGAGCAGCUCCGCGCGGAGCACUGCAAGAAGCUCACGCUCACCUUCCACAAGGCCGACGUCGAGGAGAAGUACAUGAAAGAGCCGGACCCGAUGCUGGGCAUCUACAUCGUGUGCGCGGAAGUUGUGUUGGUGUUCAUAUUUAUCAUACACAUGAUCAUCCUGGACCUAUCAUGGAUCCGGGUAUUUAUCCAGAUAGGAGGAAUCGCCCUUAUAAUUAUGGUUAUAUGUAUCAUCCUGUGCCUGCAUCUAGAGCUUUUCACGGCUGUGAUUCCUUCCAAGUGUUACAAGAUUUCCGAGAAACUCACGGGAAACAGAUUGCAUAGCCAAGUUAUUUCAAUUGUGAUCUUAAUCAUUGUGUACGUCUGCUGCAUGACAUCGGCGAUCAUGCCCGAAUCGGAGGACGUCGCGUCGUGCUGGUACUACGACGACAAUUUUACGAUGAUAGCGAACGUAACGUGUAUGCAAGAAAACUACGUGAACGUGCCUGAGUACCUCACGCUCUGUCUGGCUCUGGUGCUCCUAGCCUGCGCAGCCGUGCUCGUGCUGACGACCGUCGAGAAGAUGGUGCUCCUGCUCCUCUUCACAUUGCCUUUCUGCGCACUGAGCUUCACGUGGGACGACAGCCUGUGGAACUUCGUCCCUGGUGCCACUGAUGUGCUUUACCUUGAAGACGGUGGUGGUGCUCGUGCUGUGCCUCUACAUAGCGGUCCUGGUGAUCCAUGGCUUUCAAACGGAGGCCACAUCUCGCCUGGACUUUCUGUGGAAGCUUCAAGCAAUGGAAGAGAAGGAAGACAUGGAAGACCUACAGGCAUACAAUCGGAAGUUGCUGGGCAAUAUCUUGCCGGCACACGUUGCCGAGUACUUUCUCUCUUCUGACCACAAGCAUGAGGACCUGUAUCACGAACAGCGUGACAGCGUUGGCAUUAUGUUUGCAUCCAUUCCAAACUUCAGUGAAUUCUACAUGGAACUGGAAGCCAACAAUGAAGGUGUGGAAUGUCUUCGCCUUCUGAAUGAAAUCAUUGCUGACUUUGAUGAGUUGCUAUCAGAAGGAACAGUUCAAGUGCAUAGAGAAAAUCAAGACAACAGGCUACACAUAUAUGGCAGCAUCGGGGCUCACAAUGACGCAAGAGGACAUCGAAAACAAUG